UGUUCAAGUUUGGCCUGAACCUCUGGCCAUAGUCAACGCCCGCAUCUCCUUCAAAGUUUUCGUUCUCCCCUCUUCUUCGUCUCUCACCUACUGCUUUUUUCGGCUAUCCUUUUAGCUUCCCGAUUUCGCUUUUAGCUCUCAACCAACAGCAAAACAGACCCAGACCCCAGAAAAUACAACCUAAAACCCAGAACCUCUGGCUUGAUGAGAUUUUUCGGUUUCAAGUAUGGGGUACUCUGGAUGGUCGUCUCCCUCCUCCUCUCCCACCAGAUCACCGCCCAGAAUACAACCCAGAUCGCAGCGCCGUCUUCUUCUGGGCCAAAGUUUGAUAUCAAGAUGGCGGUCGUCAUGAUCGUACUCGUGGUCGUGUUCUUCAUCUUGGGGUUUCUCUCCGUCUACACCCGCCAAUGCGCUCAGACAAGACUCGGCGGACGCGCCGACCUCGCGCGUGAGCGAAUGAUGGCCCGCGGGCUCGACCCCGCCGUCAUCGAGAGUUUUCCCGCCUUCCUGUUCUCCGACGUGAAGGGGCUCCAUCUCGGAAAAGACUCUCUUCAAUGCGCUGUGUGCUUGAACGACUUCCAGGACGACGAAACGCUGCGUUUAAUCCCCGUUUGCGACCAUGUCUUCCACCCGGACUGCAUCGACACGUGGCUGAUUUCCCACUCGACCUGCCCGGUCUGCCGUGCCUACCUGGAACCAAAGCCCGGAGAAGAGCCGUACAGCGCUCUUAUGGAGCUCAUCGAUCAGGAGGCGAGUCGACUCGAAGCGGAGGAGGCUGCUGCCGGCCCCAAGCUUCCCCGAGAUGAGUCGGUUCGUGUUGUUGAGGAUCAGAUUAAACAGGAAGAAGAAACUCCCAAGAUUAAUUUGAUCAACGUUAAUGAUCCGGCCAAUCAAAGGCUUCCACCAAGGUCGAGGUCGACCGGGUUUGGGCCGAGGUCAAGGUCCACAGGCUUCGGGCCUCCGAGGUCGGGGUCCACCGGGCGGCAAUUCGCGCGGAUGUUAUUUCCGCGGUCGCAGUCCACGGGCCAUAAUUUGUUGGUCCAGCCCGGUGAGAACACCGAGAAGUUUACGCUACGACUCCCGGAGGAGGUACGAGCUAGGUUGAUGAACAUGGCCCUGACACGUGCCAAGAGUACUAGUGUGUUUCCGAGGGCGGGGAGCGUCAGGCAAGGUUAUAGAAGUGGAAGUGUACGUGGAGAGAGGAAUGGUUUGGACCGGUUUGAAGGCAGUUCUCGGUCGAACCGGUGGGGUUUCUCAAUGAUGCCGCCUUUUCUGUCUCGGUCGGUUAGGCAACAACCCGUGGUCGAUAGUGAUGUGGCAACUCAAUCAGCGGUUGCUGCGCCGGGGUCAAAUAAGUCACCGGAAAGAGUUGUUAUUGUGGUCGACGAAGAACGGUCGACCAAUGCAUUGCAACAGAAAGGUUAAAUUUAAAGUUUGUUAUCGUUGGAGGUAGUUGAAGUUUUCUGUAGAUACUUGUUAAUUGAAUUGGAUUCUCUUUGGUCUUAAAAUUUUGAUUUUAGAAAGAUUAUAUACAAAAGGAGAUACGUGUAAGAAAUUUUAUCAUUAAAUUGUAAUUCAAUUUGAUGGGUGUUGGUUAACUCAGUUAUGAUGCUUAGAUCGAUUGCCUUUUGCACA